GCUUUUGCUAAUGUCGACGCCAAAGAUCUCAAGUUAUGGAAGGUCGAAAUCCCUGACGAUCGCGAUUCCGAGUUAGCAAACCCCGCAUAUGUCGAACUUCUGGCAACUCGAGACGUAGGAGAUUACUGGACCAAGAAAUCACCUCCACCUAAAAGGCAUAUCCAUGUCAUAGUCGAACCACCCGUAUCAACCACUACUUCGAGCCGUGAGCAGGAAUUGCUUGACCGAAUCGCGUCAUUGGAGGCAUCGGUUAACAAGUCUGUUCAUGAGUUCGAUGUUAUCGUAAGUCCGGAACGGGUGAAGUCAUUCAAGUGGACAGUGAAUAUCGAGCAUGCAACCCUCGAAGCUCUCAAAGAUUCCAUACGUGCA